AUGUUCUUCACAUCAGCUCUCGAAGGCAAGAUUUCUCGACGUUUUGGUCAAGAAGCGAAGAUGGUCAACGGCAAACUCGCUCUGGCGGCGGCGGUGCUGGGGGCGCUGCAGCUCAGCCUCUGCCUCGCGGCGCCAGGCCCCUGGAAGGCGCCCGUGCUGCACUCUGUAGGCGUUGUCCCGGCUGUGCAUUCUGUGGGCGUCGUCCCUGCUGUGCAUACCGUGGGCGUCGUAGCCAGACCCGUGGGCGUGGCUUACGUGGGUGACCACGACGACGAUGGCUUCGGCGACGACGACGACGUCGGUCGCGUCGUGGUCUCGGCUCACAAGGUGUGGUGA